AGACCCAUUAACUUUAAUCUCCAUUCCAGGCAUUAAAAAUGGCUUCAAAUCCAUCAACCCUGGCAAUUUUUCUCAUCUACCACUUAACUGUCUCAUCCAGCGGCUUCAGCAACAGCAGAGUAUCAUUUCCCCUGACCUACGUCGACUACUCAAUCCCGAUCCCAGAGUCCGGAAAAAUUCUUCUGCCUACAGGAAAAUGCGAAGACAUAAAAGACCGCGAUCUCUCCCUCUACUUACCAGGCUGCGCUCCCGUAACUCUUUACCCAGGAUUCAUCGACAGCUGCAGAGUGUCUUGCCUGUGCCUGUCUGACAGCUCGAUCUCCAAAAUAUCCGUGGGGUCCUUCGACAAGCUGCCUAAUCUGGAGUACCUCGACUUAUCCCGGAACAGGAUCCAGCUCUGCGACUUCUUAAGCUUCGGCGGUCACCAAAAAUUAGUAACUUUAAUCAUCGACGAGAACGACUCAGGUCUAAGAGAGCAAGUGCUCUCCGAAUCCGACUGCUUUCCCAAAUUAGAGCACCUUUAUCUCCGGAAGAACAACAUCGCAGAUAUAACAAUUCCUCUCCAACGAACCUUUCCUUCUCUGACUCACCUUUACUUAUCGGACAAUAAAUUAAAAGGCAGGACGUUUGAGUACUUGGACUUGCCACUGACCUUGACCCACCUCCACCUUGAGCGGAACCAGAUCAACCGUUUAGACACCCGAGGGUUGAUAAAUCUCUCCUCGCUGUUCCUUGAUGGGAAUCGCAUUCAGUCUCUUUCUCACUUGCCUUGCUUAGACGAGUCUAAUUUGAGCCUGAGGCACGCAACAAGGUUGAGAUUUUUGUCGCUGUCUCAAAAUAUGAUAACAAGUGUCCAAAGGGACAGCUUCGACGACUGCCGAGCUCUCAAAAGCUUGAACCUCGCUCACAACAGAAUUUCUUCAAUUCCUUUUGGGACUUUUGAUGGAUUAUCAGAGCUCAGAGAUUUAUCAUUAAGUUACAACCAGCUGACGAGUCUUCCAGACUUUAGGAACGUCAGAGUGCUAACUAGCUUGUCGCUGGAUCACAAUUUGAUUGAAUAUAUCCCUUCGGGAGCUUUCUGCGACUUGGGGGAACUAAAGUGGCUCUCGCUGGGCAACAAUCGCAUUAAAAAUGUCUUUGUUGAGGCGUUUGUUAAUCUUGAUUCUUUGGAAGAAAUAGACCUGUCGUAUAAUGAAUUGACUUACUUACCCUACGGGUGGAUAAGAGGUAGUACUAGGUUGAAGCAUCUGGAUGUCAGGGGCAACAGGUUCACCAGGAUUGAAGAUCUAGCUCUAGAUUGCACUGUCAGCUUGAAGUAUCUCUAUCUUCAGGGAAAUCCUCUGGACCGCUACACGCCCGGUUACUGGAAGAUUAAGAAUGAAGUUAGUGUUUACUUGGAGUACGAGUCCUCCGUGAGGAGAGAGCCUUGCAAUGUCCGGUGUGGGGUCAAGUACAGAGAGUAUGUUAUUCCGAGGGUAAGUUAUAGUGAUGAGUGGACUUGGUAGAGCUGGUUUGGGUGGAGUAACUAAACUAACGCGCUACACUUGGUUAAGAUUAGUUUUGUGCAAAGGGUGAAGUAAUGGGGAAAGGGUGAGUUAGACAAAUUGGUGGCGAAUUGUGGGAUGAUGGAAACUAGACAUCAACGGAUCUGUUUAAUGCUGGUGGAGCUGCAUAGUUUAGUAGUUUUGAGGGUUUAACUGUUACUAUUUUAAUUUAAGCUUAUUUAGUUAACAUGUUCUUGUAAUUUUAUUUACUUUGUCUUUAUAUUGGCCUUUUAAUAGUUUGUUAGUUUUGUUUUUAGAUUAAAGAAGAAGUAAUAUUUUGUUUUAAACUUUUGAUUUUUUUUUAAAUUGACAAUUGUUUAGAGAAGAUUCGUCGGGGUUUUUAUAUAAAAAUUCAAAA